AUUAGAAUUAAAAGAGCAUCCCACGUGGAAGAAUCUAGUUGGGUUUCUAUUUCCCAAAUUUUCAUUUGCUUUCCCAUUUCUCAGCGCUUAGUCUCAAUUCUUUGUUUUUCUCUCGUCUGUCCGGUCGGUGUAUUUUCCGGGAAAAUCCAAAUUUUCCCGAAAGAAUUCCCGACCGACGAUUAUUCCAUCUUUAUCUUUUCGUCAAAUUCUCGAAAAUCGAAACAAUUCCGGCGUUUUUGUUUUUGAAGCUAAAGAGUCAUCUUCUAUUCCUUCUCCGGAUCGCUUGAUUUUCCCGCUAAACCUCUUCUAAUUUCUUAAAUAAAAAAAUCGAGUUGUGAUUUUAAAAGGUUAGCAAUAUAAGUGCAACCUCUGGAUUCGACACAGGAUUCAAAAUAAGUUUCUGAUUUAGCAGGGAUUGAGAUGGCAAGUCAAAGCGGUUCGACUAGGCGAAGUUCAUCAAUUGUAAACUUGUCGUCGUCAAGGAAAAAAACACCGGAGAAUGGAGGUUCCGAAUCUAGCCGAAAAUUCUUACAACCGUCUCGUCCUAUAACUAGUAAUGGAACUUCUUGUAUCAACAUGCUUUUGGAAAGGGGACUAGCUGGAGAGCGUACUGUGAAGAAGUUGCGGUUGUCAAAGGCCCUGACUGUACCUGAUAGUACAAGCAUUUAUGAAGCUUGCCGUAGGAUGGCUGCUCGUAGAGUUGAUGCUUUAUUGCUUACUGACUCUAAUGCAUUACUUUGUGGGAUCCUCACAGACAAGGACAUAGCAACAAGAGUGAUAGCUCGGGAGCUUAAUCUGGAGGAGACACCAGUUUCCAAAGUAAUGACCAAGAACCCUGUAUUUGUUCUUUCUGAUACACUUGCAGUGGAGGCACUCCAGAAGAUGGUGCAAGGGAAGUUUAGACACUUGCCUGUUGUAGAGAAUGGGGAAGUCAUUGCUUUGCUUGAUAUAGCUAAGUGCUUGUAUGAUGCUAUUGCUCGAAUGGAAAGGGCAGCUGAAAAGGGAAAAGCUAUUGCUGCUGCUGUUGAAGGUGUAGAAAAAAAUUGGGGAGCAUCUUUCUCGGGUCAGAGUACAUUCAUUGAGACACUUCGAGAGCGUAUGUUCAGGCCCUCACUGUCUACGAUUAUAACAGACAAUCCAAAGAUUGUAACAGUUUCACCAGAUGACACAGUUUUAGCAGCUGCAAAAAAGAUGCUUGAAUCUCGAUUAAACUCUGCAGUCGUGACAGUUGAAAACAAGCCACGAGGGAUUUUAACUUCGAAGGAUAUAUUGAUGCGGGUAAUAGCACAGAAUAUGUCUCCAGAGACUACUCUUGUAGAGAAGGUCAUGACUCCCAACCCAGAAUGUGCAACAAUUGACACGCCAAUUGUUGAUGCUUUGCAUACCAUGCAUGAUGGGAAAUUUUUACACCUCCCUGUGGUAGAUAGAGAUGGAGAGAUAGUUGCUGUUUUUGAUGUAAUCCAUAUUACUCAUGCUGCUGUUGCCACUUUAAGUCAAGUUGGGAGUACUUCUGGAGUCAAUAAUGAGGCUACCACAACAAUGAUGCAGAAGUUUUGGGAUUCUGCAAUGGCCUUACCUCCCACUGAAGAGGAUGAUGAGACUAGUCGGAGUGAUGGAGCAGAGACAGGGAGAUCUCUUCCCUAUCCUUCAUCCAAUAUGCCAAAUACAUUUGGCUUUAAAAUACAAGAUAAAAGGGGCCGAAUGCAUAGGUUUACUUGUGAGACACGGAGUUUGACAGAUCUAAUAACGGCAAUCCUCCAGAGGCUAGAGGACGACAUAGAUAGAAACAACCUGCCUCAAAUUCUGUAUGAAGAUGAAGACCAUGACAAAGUUGUAUUGGCAUCAGACGGUGAUCUUGCAGCGGCUGUGGAACAUGCAAAGUUAGUUGGUUGGAAGGGUUUGAAACUGCAUUUAGAUUAUUCAGGAACAAAAACUCGUCGGAGGGGUUCUGAUUCCGGAAGCAUGGAUUAUGCAAACUCUGAUGCAUGGUCUGCCGCAUAUAGCACUGUUGCAGCAGGGGCUGCAGUUGUUGCUGGGCUUGGCUUAUUAGCAUACUUGAGGAAAGCUGGGAAUUAGCAUCGGUAGAAACUUCAUCCCAUAUGUAACUCAUAAAUUUGAAGGUUAAAUGCAACAACUUUCUUUAGGUAAA